AUGAUUAAAUGCCCGUUUUUUAUAGCAUUCCUAUUUAUAUCAAUUUAUAUAAAUUUUAUAAAGUGUGUGUCUUUAUAUAUAAAAAAAAAAAAUAAUAAUACUAUUUUGGCUAGUAGUAAUAAAUUUUUAUUUCCUUUAAAAAAUUAUAAAUCACUAAAUUUUAUAAACCCUGUUAAAAAUGUAUACAAAUAUACAAUCAAAUUAAAUGAACAUAAAAAAAGUAUUAAGGAUGUGAUAAAGGAAUCGAUUAAUUUACCUACCCAAUUUUUGCCAACGACCUACAACAGUUUUGACAGGCAAAUAGUGGUGCAAGAGUUAUGGAACAAAAACAAUAUAUAUGAAAAACGAAAUUUUUCAAAUAUAAAAAAAUGUAUAUAUAAUGAAAAUAAAGACAAUUUGAAGGGGGAGACAAUAAGGGAUGAUCUCCAAAACAGCUUACCCUAUGAAAUAAAAAAUGGAAAAAAAAAUAAGACAAAAUUUGAAAGAGAAAAGGUUUUAAAAAAUAAUUUUAUGGAAUAUCUUCAAGAUAAUGAAUUAAAAUCAUUUUCAAAAAAAAAUAUUAAUAAAAAAUAUGUAUUAUCCAACCUAUUUAAUAGACUAAUUAAAAAAAUAAAAAUUAUACAUGAUGGACCACCAUAUGCAAAUAAUGACAUUCACAUUGGUCACAUAUUAAAUAAAAUAAUAAAAGAUAUAUAUUUAAAGUUUUUUUUGUUGAAAAAUUUUUUUGUAUUAUUAAUACAUGGAUUUGAUACUCAUGGUUUACCUAUUGAAUAUAAUGUUAUGAAGUUAUUAAAAAUAAAUAAUAUACAAGAUAUAAAUUUAAAUGAUUAUCCAUUUAACACAAUCGGAUGUCCAAAUAUUUACACUAGUCCCCCUAGUCAUAUACUUAGUAAAAUACGAACCCUUGUAAAAAAAAAAGGAGUCAACAAUUUAUUUCAUGGAAAUUUGUUUCAAAAAUAUAAAUCUAUAAACAGUCUGAACAGUCUGAGUAAAGAUAAUAUAAUGAAAAGGAAGAUAGAUAACUUUAAAACUUUAUGUAAAUUAUACUCUUCCCAUUUUAUAAAUAAACAAUUCAUUUCCUUAAUUUCGUAUGGAAUAUGGGGAUAUUGGAAUUACUCUUAUAUUACGUUUUACAAAUUUUAUGAGAAAAUCCAGAGAAGUGUUUUUGAAAAUCUUCUCAAAAAGAAAUAUGUAUACAUUAGCAAUAGGCCCAUAUACCAUAGUCAUGCAACAAAGACGGUACUUUCAGAUAGCGAAAUAAUUUACAAAAAUCGGGUUUGCAAUUCCUUUUAUUUUUUUUACAAUUUUUAUAAAAUAGGAAAUAAUUAUUUAUUAACAAUUUUAAACACCAUUAGAGAAAACAAAUUAAUAAAUGAAAUUAUUCAACUAAGUGAUGAAGAAAUAAAGUUUUGUCAAGACAACUAUGAAAUGAUUGUAAAUUACAUACAAGGAAAUAAUUUUCUGAACAAUAAUUAUUUGAAGACAGUAGUAAACAAAAUAAGAAAUAAUUUAUUAUCGAAUAUAAAAAUUUUAGUAUUUACGACACAAAUAUAUACAAUAUUUAAUAAUAAAGCAUUAUUAAUACAUGACAAAUAUUUAUAUAGAAUUGUAAAAGGAACAUAUGAAAAUUUAGAGAGUAUAUAUUUUCUUAUAUGCGAUAAAUCUUUUGAUAUGUUUUAUGAAAAUUUUAAAAAAUUUUAUAGUAAAAAAAAUAAAAUUAUUCAAUUUAAAACUAUUGCUACAUUACAAGGAAAUUGUUUUAAUGAUUCUACAUACUAUAAUUUUAUUAACGAGCAAGAAAAUAAAUUUUUAUUGGUUAGUAAAAAUGAAGUAGAUGAGAAUUUUGGGUCAGGCAUUGUCCAUAUCUCACCAUCUCAUGGGUUUACUGACUACAAUUUGUAUUACAAAAAUAAUAAACUCAAAAAGGUGUAUUUAAAUAAGUCUAAUUAUGACGGUGCUAAAAACGGCUUAGAAGAAGAAACAGACAAAGUAAAUAAAGGGGGGAAGGAAAGAAAUGACGAUUUUUUAUUUGAUCUUACUAAUCAAAAUGCUAUUGAUGAAAAUGAUGACUUGAAAGAAGAAUAUAAUAAAAUAAUAAUUGAAAAAUGUAAAGAAAACAUUCAUUUAGUAAAGAAGUAUGAAGAUCAGCCAAACCAAUCAUCAAUAUUAAAAUUUUUGAAAAAUAAUGAAAGCAAUAAUUACAAUUGUAAACAAGAGUGUAACAAAAUUAACAUAAACCAAAAUAAUUCCCAUUUACUAUUUUUUUAUGCCUUUUAUGAAAAAAUAUUUUUUUAUUUUCCGUAUGAACAUUCAUACCCAUUUGAUUGGCGGUCACAUACACCUGUUCAGGUAAAAUCAUUAUUACAAAUUUAUAUAGAUAUUGAAAAAAUAAAAAAUAAUAAAUAUUUUUUUAAAGGUAUAAAAAAUAUAAAUUUUUUAAAUAAUAAUAAUAAAAAUUAUUUAAUAAAUACAAUGGAAAAUCGAAAUGAAUGGUGUUUAAGUAGACAAAAAUAUUGGGGAUUAAAUAUUCCAAUAAAUGAUAUUAAAUUAAAUGAUAAUAAAAAAAUAAGUUUUAAAAAUCAAAUUAUGGAUGUAUGGUUUGAUUCCUCAGUUUCAUAUCUCUAUGUUUUACACAUGUGUAAGCAUAUCCUAUAUAAUAUAUAUUUAAAGAAAAUAUUAUCAGCUUUUAAAAAUGACUAUACUACCAACCUUGAUAGUAAUAAAUUUAUAAACAAAGAUGAUAAACCUAUACUACAUUGGUAUGGAAACAAUAAAUAUUUGAAUAUCAAACCAGAUAUACGAUCAUUUUAUAUGUAUGACAUAUAUAAAGAAAUUAGCCAAAAUGGCCAAUUCAGCGAAAUAGACUUACUUAAAAAUAUUAUCGAAAAAAAAAAUAUAUUUGAUCCAGAAAAAAAUUAUAAAAAUAUAAUAAAAGAAAUAAAAAAUAAAAGCAAUUAUUUUAAAAUAAACAAAAUUGAUGACAUAAUUUUUAAUAGUAAUAAAAAAAAAGAUAUAUAUAAAAAUGAUCUAUCAAUAUUCUUAUGUUGUGAAGGAAUAGAUCAAAUAAGAGGAUGGUUUCAAUCUUUUUUUUUUAUUUAUUUUAUUUUAAAUUAUAUAAAUGGAAAGAAUACAGAUUUUCCAUCUCUUGAAAAGUAUCUCCCUAUAAAAAAUGUUAUAGUUCAUAAUUAUGUUGUCGAUCAAAAUAAUGUAAAAAUGAGUAAAAGCUUAAAUAAUGUUAUUUCUCCAAGGGAUAUAUUUUUAGGGAUUAAUAAUGGGGCCAAAAAAAUGACAAAAAAUGUGGGUGUAACAAUGGAAAAUUACCAACCAACUGACCAACAAAAUCCCCAACCAAGCUCGACGUUGCAUAGGAAUGAAACUGAUGAUAAAGACAAAUGCAUUAACAAUUCAUGUAAAGAAAUGAAAAAUGUUAAAAAUAUAUUUGACGAUUUUACAAAAAACAUCAAGGAAAAAAAAAAGUUCAAUGCUGAUAUUGUAAGGCUAUGGGUGUGUUGCUAUAACUUUUUGGACAGGAAUAUUUCUAUUAGUCAUGAUAUAUUAGAAAAUAUUAACAAACAUAUAUAUUUAAAAAUAUAUAACACACUUAAAUUUUUAUUAAAUAAUAUAUAUGAUUUAAAUUUUGCAGAAAAAAAAAUAGAAUAUAAUAGCCUUCAAAUUAUGGAUAAAUAUAUAUUAUAUAAAAAAGAUUGCUUAAUUAAAAAUUGUUUAAAUAGUUAUAAAAAUUUUCAAUUACAAUUACUUAUUAAAUAUAUAUUAAACUUUAUACAUAAAGAUUUAGCAAUAUAUAUUGAUUAUAGUAAAGAUAGAUUAUAUAUACAUGAAAAAAAUUCUAUAAAUCGAAGAAAUUGUCAAAAGGUUUUCUACAAAAUUAUUAUUGACUUGUUGAGAAUAUUAGCACCUAUAACACCACAUUUGUGUGAGGAUUUAUAUCAAAGUUUUCGAAAUUUGAAAAAUACCAAUUUAAAUAAAUUAAAAAAAAUAAAUGGAAAAAUAAAAUCAAUUUUUUCACUACCAUUUCCAAAAAUAAAAAAUUACAAACAAGUUAAUUUAGAUAUAUUAUUCUUAAUAAAAUAUUAUAUUCAUAAACAGCUAAAUUCGUAUUUCUCAAAUUCACUACUAGCCAUAGUUUAUAUUUAUUGUGAUAAUGAUGAGGUUCUUAAUUUAUUAAAACAGUUUUUGAAAAAUGGGAGUCCAUUAGACAAUUUUAAUAAUAAUGAUGAUCUUCGAUUUGUAUUCAAUGUAUCGAAUAUUAUUCUAUGUAAUGAUUUAUCCGAUGUUCAACAAAUGGAUGAAAAUUAUAAAACAUAUAAAAUCCCUCUCCUUACUAAUAUUAUGAACAGCAAUACAAAUGACAACAAUAUUUCAGACGAUUUUUUUCAGAAAGAUGACCAAAAACAUGAUUUUGAAAAUAUACCAAAUUUUGACGAACACACUAAAUAUGCAAACUUAAGCAUAGGAAUAAAAAAAUCGGAAUCACACCGUUGCUCCAGGUGCUGGAUGUACGGUGAGACAGUAAGUUUCUUUAAGGAGAACUUUUUUUGCCCAAGAUGUUUGGAUAUAAUAAAAAAAUAUUUAUAA